UGAAGUGGAGUCCCGCCUGGUGUCGCGCAUGCGCCCAGGCUAUCGGUGCCCGGGCUGUCAAAAACCGAGAGGCGGCUGUUUGGGACGGGCACGCGGCGGAGAGAGCCAAGCUGACCGGGAUUCGGUUUAUCGACAACGUUUCUGCGGGCGAUAGAUGGAUAGGGGGAGGGGAGGUGGGAGAAAAAAAAUGCUGUGGUGAAGUGGCGCCGGUUUUAAUCGGGGGCCCAUCGUUUUGUUUUAAUACCGCGGGCGGCGGAGGGAAGUGAAAAGCUUGUGAGCGGCGGCUGGAAGCUCGAGGAUGAGGCGGAUGACUCGCGCGGGGCCGCCGCUUGUGGUUCCCGCCGCCUACUUGUUGCUGCUGCUGCUGCUGCUACUGCUCCUGUUUCCUGGCCGGGCCCAGACCCACACUCAGACCGAGCCCCCAGAUCACGACAGCGUCAAGGGCGAGCUGGUGAUCGCCGCGGUGAAGGUGUCGUACGUGGACCGGGCCAGCGGGCAGCGAGUGCUGGUGCCUGACCGCGGCGAGGACGGCCGCUACGGGCGCGACUCCCCAAAGGAAGGGGUGGAGGGCGCCACGGUGCUGGUGCCCGCGUGGACGCCUGGCAAACCCCGCAACCUGCAGGGCUGCGACCCCCGCACCCGCUUCGCGGUGCCGCCCGAUACCCGGCGCUGGAUCGCACUGCUCAACCGGGGCAACUGCACCUUCAAGCAGAAGAUCCUGUUGGCGGCCGCCCAGAAGGCGGCGGCCGUGGUCAUUUACCACAACGUGUCGGAUGAGAAGCCCAUCACCAUGUCCCAUCAAGGGCAACCAGAACUGCACACAGUACUCCAGAAGAGGCGUCACCAAUGUCCUGUACAACCUCAAUAUGACAUCUCAACUUCCAUAUUCCAGAGUCUGAGUAAUGAAGGCAAGCGUGCUAAACACCACCUUUACUGUCUUACCUGUGACACACAUUUCAAAGAAUUAUGUACCUGA